AGCGACUGUAAGUGCUGCGCUUCACCGGCACCGCUCAUAUAACUGCGAUGAGACUGGGUGGGGCACGAAAGGGGAGCCCCCACCGACGCGCCAUGAUCACGUGGACGCACGUCCCCGUAAUCGCUCUCGCAUCAGCCAUCAGGCCACCACUCCUUUCGACUUCAGCGCCCACGACACCAGCGAGCACAACGAGAGGCGUUUUACCCGGCACCCUGCUCGAACCAUAUUGGACUCGUAUUCUGUGAAAAAUGCUGGGAAAUCUCCUGCUGGUGGCUGCCAUCAUUGUCGUUUUGCACGCGGCAUUUUCUACCUAUGAACACCUCUCUUAUUUGAAAGCGCUUGGAAGGCCAGAAGGUUCCUUGCCGCAGGAUAUCGUGUUCGAAGCUCUCGCUGCUCUAGCCAUAGGCAUCGUAGGUGCAACAGUGCGUACGCCUGAACUCAGAGAGGUGACAUGGCGUAGUGAGAUGAAGCGGCGUGCCGGAGAAGAACAAGACCCGCGGAUGUCCUUUGCAACUUUCGUGCAACGCGCCGGGAUCUUGAACGGUCCAACAUCGUGACGGCUAUGCGACGUGGGGUCACAAACAUUACACGAUACUUCUAUAAUAUCGGUAUUACAGUUGACCCGUGGCACCGUUGCACCGUGUAUCCCAUUUGUAUAGUCGAUGCGCUCCAUCUCUCAAAUACAAUUGAUAAAUUGGCAAAGGCGGACU